GAAAUGCUGAUUAACAAAGACUGUAAAAUGGCACUGUCUAGAAGCUUACCAACAAACAUGGAAAAAAUUUCCGGAACCUUGGAGUUUCAGGCUCAACUCCUUGACAACUUUCAAAGUCAAUUGUCUGAUUCUAUUUUUAAACCUCUUCAGAGAGAUUUUGCUCCAUCUGUCAUAAUGUCUGAAUUACAAAAUGUUAAGGCAUAUUUUUCAAAGGUUUCCAGUUGUUCUAUGUUCAGUGAAGAUCAAGCACAUACUCUUUACCACCCUUUUGAACACACACCUGCCUCUGCAGUUCAACAGAAAGCUCUACUAUCAUACAGAGAGGUUGGAAACUCAUCUUACGACACUUACGUGCGAUUUAAUAUUUUGAAUGAAACCAGCACUGCCAAACCUGUCAUUAGAAAGCAUAGGCUGAAAACAUUUGCCAAAGACAAAGUAACGAAGAGAACGAUAAAUUACUUAGAAAAGGAAAAAAAAAUGAUUACUCUUUGUUACAAAAGAACAAUCUCAUUUUCUGAACAGCACAACCAGCCUAUUCAUCAGCUUUUCCAAUUUAUUGAAACUCCUCGAGCACUAUGUACUCCUUCAGGCUUGCCGAGCAAAGGGGCUAAGUAUAUUAUGUAUAACCUCUUUGGCAAGAGAUAUUCACAAUCAUUUUCACCUAUCACAGAGAACCACACUUUCCCACCUGGGACCUGUCUAAUUGCAGAAGGAAUGAACAUCAUAUACAUUAAUCCACUGCCUGGUUUUAGAUGUUUUGCAGAAUAUGCUUCGCUCAUUGUGUCAAGAUGGGUAACACCCUUUUUCAAAAAAAAGUAUAAGGAAGUACGAAUUCUCUUUGACCAGGUUUGCUCGCAAGGAAUCUCUCCAAAGGGCUUUGAGAGAGAACGACGAGAUGCUGGCCAAGAUGACGAUAUUGAAGUGUUUGAUUCAAUAACUGAUCAAACACCUCUGCCUCAAAAUUGGUCAAAAUUUCUCAAAGUGCGAACAAAUAAACGAAAGUUAUGCCAAUAUCUGUCUAAUAAGUUAAUAGACAUUGUUUCAGCAUCUUUUCAAACAACAGAUCAAAAGUUUGUCACUUCUGGAGGUUUUCUGUCCAAUGCCCCCGAAAGAACAGAAUGGACAGGCAAAUGUGUUACCUUGGCUGGCAUAUCAUCACACAGUAUCAUUCAUAAUCAUGAAAAAAAUGGUGAGCAAACAUUUUCUGAUGAUGAAUCGGUGAGUUCAUCCAUCAGCUUAAUUGGUGAUGAUCAUGAAUUAGAUGAAGAUGAGGUUCUUACUAUAUCAAGAAAGGGUCAAGAAGUGCAAGUUGUUGACAACCCAUUUUCAGAUGAUAGUUUGUCAGGGGAGGAGUUUUAG